AUGGGGAUGGGGAAAGAUACAUUCACGCUUCUCCUAUUUGCUUCGGCGUCGACAUAUACCGGUGCAGAAACCCUCACUCUGCCCGCGCCGAGUUCACUCAGACAAAUCUUCACCACUCUCGAGCGCAUGUAUCCCGGCUUCGUGGACAAGGUGUUGAAGAGUGCCGCCGUGACAGUGAAUCUGGAGUAUCUCGACAUCGAGCUGGACGGGCUUGACCCCGCCAGUACAGAUCCGGGAUCAACGACGGGGCUGGAUAUGCUGAUUAAACCGGGUGAUGAGGUGGGAAUCAUACCACCUGUGAGUAGUGGGUGA